CGCGGAAAACUCAGUUAACCUUGCGUGGAGCCGCCAUAAACACAGAAAGUACAUAGGAGCCACAUAGCGGCGUGGGAAGGCCCACUGUUGAUAGGCGGGUGGGGGUGUUUAGGGAUUGAUUUGGCAAGUGAACCCGCGUGCUGCCUCGCAGAAUCCUAAUGGAAAGUCGUCACCGAAUCGGGAUUAUCCGAAGACAGUUUAACCGUAGUCAUUUCCGGCGUCCCUAGAGAAUUUACAACGAAAAGAGCAUGAUUCCGUCCCAGUGGUACAUGCCGCCCGAGCUCAACCAAUCAUAAAAUAGGCUCGUUUGUCGGAUCAUAAAUCACCGGGUAGAAGAAGACGGUCCACGCACGCAAAAUUGUUGCUUUGAAUGACUUCAUCUCUUCCUCGGGCAGGGGCGUUAUCGCGGUUGGCGGCCCUGGACGACUUCAAAUGAUUGAGCACAAACUGAGCCAAUAGGCGCCUAGAAUUCCUUUCGCUCGGCACAUGUUGAGAACUAAUGAGCCGAGGGCAUCGACGAAAAGGGCGGAAAGGACGUGAGAGAGAACAGCCAAACGGAAAUGUGACCCAGCAGUGGGGAAAAGUGCCUUGGUCCAGAUGUUCUGCAAUGAUGGGGCUCAUUUUCAGAAAAAUUAUACAUUGACAACAGGAGUAGAAUUGCUGGUGAAGACGGUACUGAUUCCAGAGACAAAUGAUAGUGUGGAACUCUUCCUCUUUGACUCAGCAGGAAAAGAAAUCUUUUCUGAAAUGCUAGAGAAACUGUGGGAACAGCCCAAUGCCCUGUGUAUUGUAUAUGAUGUUACCAAUGAACAGUCUUUCAAUAACUCUGCCAAAUGGCUUGAGAAGCUGAGGACCCAAGCCUCUGGAAUACAUACUCCAGGUGUGCUAGUGGGCAAUAAGACCGAUUUGAUCGAUAGGCGAGUUGUGGAACAAAAACAAGCUAAAGACUGGGCAGAAACCAAUGGCCUAGAAUAUUGCGAGAUGUCAGUAAAAGAGAUGGAAAACUAUGAAGCCCCUUUUCACAUCAUGGCAAAUGCCUUUCACCGACUCUACAAAGAGAGGGUGGAAACCUUUCAUUCAUUGGUAUGAGGCACCUGUGAGUGUGAUAAUGCUUAGCUUGUUUCAUUUCUUUGUACCUGGAACGAAUCAAAUGUUUAGCAAUCACAAACUAAAUCCUGUAAGAGUGGAAGUUAGACUUUUAUUUUCUCAUUAUCAUAUGUUUUCCUGUAAUUCUAAGCCAAAAUAAACCUAUUGAAGGAGA